UUAGCUUAACGUGAAGAGAGAGAGAGAGAGAGAGAGAGAGUCUUGAUGAAAACAAAAAAAAUAGGAGGAGAGGAGGUGAUGAGUCUGUCGGAUGACGGUUGAAGUUGGAAAUGCAGAAAGCCAGAGAGAGAGAGAGAGAGAGAGAGAGAGAGAGAGAGAGAGGGAAGUGGAAAGCAACGCAACUUAAUAUUUUCUUCAGUUGAAAGCUUUCCUCCCGAGUCUUCAUCCUCGUUGUCAAUGCAAAUUGCAAAUCACCAGUCACUUUCACCAUAAAAUCUCUCACAUCCUUUGCUUUUAUUUUUCAUCUCUAUUUCCAUAUUUUUUACAUUAAUUUUCCAUUAUUCUUCUUAUUCUUCAAGGUUUUCCACCUCCCAUUUGAGAUUUUUCUUUCUGGGCUUCUUGCCAUUAAUUCAGUUUCAUGUUAAAGAUUUGAAAUUUAUAUAUAGUUGCUCUCUGCUCAGCCCAAAAGCAUAAAGCUUCCAUUUUUUUUUUCUCAAGUUUUUUCAGCCAAGCUCUCCCAAUUUCACUCAUCAUGGCAAGGAUGGCAUCGCCAAGAAGCCCUAUGCCGAGAAGUCCUAUGCCGAAGAGCCCUAUGCCAAAGAGCCCUAUGGUUUGCGAAAAGUACGAGACAGGAUGCAUGUGGCAUUUAUAUGGCCUUUUUAACUUUCGUCAAGGUCAUUCGAAUAAGAAGCUGCUUUCACACAGGAGGCAUUUAAAGAGAAUUGAUGAUGGAAAUUUAAGGACCAAGCUUGAUUUGCCUAACAAAAUACAUGAGAAGUGCGAAAACAUGGAUGACGGAAUGAAGAACAAAACUCAAACAGUUGAUUCUGAUAUGGCAAGUAAAAGAAAGCUUAAGGGGGAAGAGUUGUCCACUGAGCUGCGGUUGAAUAAGAACAUUGCCGCUGAUGAAGUGAAACAUCUGCAAUCUGAUUCUAAAUUUGUUGGUCCAUUACCAAAGAAUAAUGGAAAGACCAGCAAUAAUCGUCAGAGAUCUCAUGAUAUACCUCUUCAUGGUCUGAAGAAUGACACUAAGCAUCGAAAACCUUCUAAUUCAACUUCAGCGGAAAAACCUUUAAAUAAGCUCAGCUCAGCAGCAUUGCCGGAAGUAUUAAGCAAGGAGGAGCAUAGAAAAAAGCGACGAGGAUGUGGCUGUAAAAGUAUUGAUUACGUUAAGUAUGGCCAGAUUAAUGAAAAUAAUCAUCUGCCGGUACAGAUGAAUGCAGCGGAUGCCAUCAUAAGUCAGAAAUUCAUUGAUGGGGUGAACCACCAGUCUAAACAAUUAUCAGAUGCGUUGCAGAUUUUGAAUUCGAAUAAAGAAUUGUUUGUAGAACUCCUACAAGACCCGAAUUCUCUGAUAGUUAAACACAUCGAGGACCCCCGAGAAUCUCAGACAAGAAAACAUCAGAGUAAAUCUGUCUGUGAAGAGAACAUUUCUGAAUGUAGGACAAGUAAAGCAAGGCAAUCUAAAGGUCCUCCCGGCAUUCACAAUUUAAAUUCCUCUGAUUUUUACCUAUCUCAGGAAAGUAGUGAUUCUGAAUUUGCAGAGAGAAUAGUAGUUUUAACAGCUGGCCCACCAAGAUUUCAAAAUUCUUCCGACGGUAUCUAUUCUUGCUCCUCUAUGCAAUCUUAUUAUAGCUUUAACAAAGAUGGGGAAAGUCAGAGGCCUGCAAUUUUUUCCCUCAGCCGUAUGAAGAGGAAACUGAGACGUGCUAUAGGGGUAAGCAGCAAAGAGCAGGACUCGAAAACAAUCAAUGGUACACUUCAAAUAUCUCCUUGCCAAGGCUCAGAAGACUCUAAAGGAAAAGGUGUCAAAAUCAUGAGAAGAAAUUCGCCUAGCACCAAUAAUUCUGCUGACAGUGGAGUAGUUAGCAAGUCUUCUUUUGAUACUGAGAACAGAAACAACACAGGCAAGGUGAAUGAAUGUGAAUCAAGCAUUGGAUGUGCAACUGCAUCAACCAGUGGAACUGGCCUUCAAAACCCAAACAUUUCACUUGUUAGCCAACCAAAGAAAAAGACUUUUGCGCAGUCUUUGGAACAUCUGUCAGAAUUGUUACUGAAGGGAAACAAGGAUAAGAACAACUUUGUAAGACGGACACCAAAAACCUGCGAAGGGGUGGCAUCAUUUCCUGAGGAUGACUUUUUGCCUACACGCAGUCCGGAGAGGGACUGGGAAAAUACAUUUGUUGAUGAACCAAUGCGAUUUUCACCCUACAGCAAUUACCAACUGGUAUAUGAGAACAAGUCUAGGCUUCAGAAAGAAAAGAAAACCUGCUACUUGACUCCACUGAGGCAGGACGUAGAGGCCAUGCCUGAGAAUAAGAAACUUGAUGAUCAAUUGCAAGUUCUUGAUAUACUGCAAAAUAUUGACAUCAAAGGGCUGGGAGAUAAUUCAAGGCCUAAAGGCUGUGUCCAAAUUUUAGAGAAUAAUUCCACCAUGCACCGAGGAGAAGCAAAUUCCUUAGAAUUUCCCUCUGAAUCGGACAGCACAGACAAAUUAACUACCAUAGAAGUCAAGGAUACUAUCCAAUCAGGGGAAACUAGUUCUUUGGAAGUUCUAUCCAAACCAGAGAACACGGAGAAGACCAAUACCAUAGAGACUACUGAUGCUACAUACCAAGGAGAAACUAAUCAUUUUGAGGAUCAGCCAUUAACAUCUUCACCAGAUGUUUUCUCAUCAACUCCAAGUAUUCAGAGGGUGGAAGAUUCUGAUAACAUCAAAGGUAAACGAGAGCAGCCAAGUCCAGUUUCUGUACUUGAGCAGUAUUUUGUAGACGCCACCAGUCCCGCAAGCACCAUAUUUGAACCUGCUGAAGAGCACCAUUCUCAUUCUCUUACGAGGUCCCAUUUGGACCCUGAAACUUCUUCUUUGAGGGAACACCAAGUUAUCUCUGAGUACAUUAAGGCAGUGUUGCAAGCUUCCACCCCAAAUUGGAAUGAGCUCUCACUGAUGCCCCAUUCAUCAGAUCAACUGCUUGAUCCAUUCUUGUUUGAUGCAGUAAAGUUACAGGCUAACCAAUUCAAUAGUGAUUGGAUGCUGUUCUUUGACUGUAUAAAUGAAGUCCUUGACGGGGUAUAUCAUACUCAUCUUCCAUGCUCCCCUUGGGUGUCAUUUAUCAAGCCAAUUGCCUCAAGACAAUUUUCCGAGAAUGCUGUGAUUCAUGAGGUGAUGAAGUCUGUUGAUUGGUACCUCUUACCGCAUUCAUUGCCACAGACAUUGCAACAAAUUGUUGAAAAGGACAUAGCAUGCUCUGGGGCAUGGCUAGAUCUCCGGAAUGAUUCUGAGGAGGUCAUUUUUAAGAUGGUAGAAGGCGUUUUAGAAGAAUUGAUCAUGGAAACCAUAUUUUAACAACCCUUCAGAAAAUUUAUAUUGCCACUAUAUAUUAGCUUUGGUCUGAGUUGGACCAAGGUAAUUUGGCAAGCUCAGGCAGGUUAGAAGAACUGGUUUCAAGCCACUUGAGUAAUGUCUUAUGACUCCUUGAACAAACAUGCAAAAACAAGGUUACUACGUGUGGAGCUGGAUCAAGGAACUUCUUUUCUAACGUGCAUAAGAUCGGUAUGAAGUACCCUUGGAUCAAAUUUUGAGUAUACUCUGUAUAGUUUAUAUCAAACCUCUUGUAGCUACUAGCUAUUUGUGUCAUUUUAUUCUGUAAGGGGACGUCAAUGUAUAUAUCAAGCAAGAUAACAAGCCUUAUGCUU